AUGACUACUCUCAAAGGCCCGGGCGAAGCCCAGACGUACGAUGGCUCCAAUCUGCGAAUCGGAAUCGUACACGCACGCUGGAACAAGAAGCUCAUUGACGCCCUCCUCCAAGGCACCCUCAAAUCACUCAAAGCCGGCGGUGUGAAGCAAGAGAACAUUGUGAUCCAAACCGUCCCGGGCUCCUACGAACUCCCUUAUGCCGUACAAAAGAUGUUUCAAGCAUCCCAAUCACAACCCACCGGACUACUCGCCUCUGCAACAGACCUCCUGGCCGGCUCCACAACCGAUCUGACUCAAACUGCAAAAGAGAGCAGUAAAAGCGAAGGAGCAAGCAAAGAGCCUUUUGAUGCCAUCAUUGCCAUUGGCGCGCUGAUAAAGGGUAGCACCAUGCAUUUUGAGUACAUCUCCGAUGCGGUGUCGCAUGGACUCAUGAAGGUGCAGCUGGAUCUUGGUGUGCCGGUUGUUUUUGGGUUGCUGACGCUGCUUACGGAAGAGCAAGGAUUGGAGAGAGCGGGGAUUGAUGCCGCUGGGAAGGGACAUAAUCAUGGAGAGGAUUGGGGAUCUGCGGCUGUGGAGCUGGGUGUGAAGAGAAGAGGGUGGGCAGAGGGAAAAUUUGUGGAGUAG